ACACGAGAACCACGGCAAGUUAACCACUCCCUGCCAAGGACGAAGGUCCUGCUGCUUGGUGCCGCCAGACCCGAUAGACCUCUGUUCACUUGGUCUGGAAGCCACGAAGGGCACAGACGCAGCUACGGGGGAGUUCCAGCACUAAGUCUUCGACAACCGCCUAAGAGGAAUUAUAUACUGCUGCAGAGACAGAGGCGAAAAGAGUAACACGUGCUCAGUACGAGUUUUGUCCAUUGGAUAUAGCUCAAGAAAGUCGAAUUUUCGAGGAUUUCUGACAACUCCGUCACCAUCGUCGUCUCACCGUUUUAACAAUUGGUAAUUAGUCCUUAUCCAGUGUUUUGUGUCUCGUUCUGGAACUAGAGACUAUAUAGAGCCUGCUCUUAGUGUGUGUGUGAGAAUGUGUCACUAUUUAUUUAAGUGUCUUUAAAGGAAAAGGAGAUUCAAUCUCACUAAGCUCUAAAAGAUAAUUCCAUAAACAGUGACGACCAAAAAAUAAUACAAGUGGAUGGGUAUAUGAUGAUUAGUGAUUCCUAACGAUAGUGUCUCGAAUCAUGGCAAUCAGACCGUGGAAUCAACCAUUCCAUUAACAGCCGACCUCAUGACGGCACGACCGAAUUUUUGGAUUAACUGUGGACCUUUUGUAAAACGUAAAAGAGUUUUGUAUAGACAAAGGAAAAUUUUGUAAUUGUGGAUUAUUAGUGCCAUGUCUUCUACAAUUAGCAUCCCUAUUCGUCUAGUCCUCAACAGUAUUAGUGAGAGUGAGGCCAGUGGCAGUGUGUUGGUAACGCCAAAACAGCAACGACGCCGUGUGUCCCACGGCCUGCCCUCACACCCACACCGAAGAAGGAAGGUGAGCGCGCCCCCUGAACUCCAGGCUCAUCUCGGAGGCGCGGCACCCAAUUUCAACGGUCAAGCAAAAUCUGGUGGUGACGCCGGUACCAACCACUUUGAGAAAACUGCCAGUUCUGAGUACAUUCUCAGCUUCAUUCCAGGGCAUCAUCAAUUGUCAGAAGGUCUCUACAGUGGCUCAGACUCGGGAGUACCGUCUGAGUAUUCCUCUUAUGCAGCCCCUAUUAUUGGAGUGAACACAAGAAACGCAUCAUUCCUUGGAGAUAAUAACAUAAACACAUCCUCUCACUCCACAGACGACCUCGCCGAACAGCGCCAGAACCCCGAAAUCCCGGACGUCAAAUUCUACACUUCAGACUCCGAAAGCGAGAGUAUUGACGAUUUACAAUCACCUCCAGUCCGACGAAAGUCUGGUAGCCCAGGCGGGAUGAGCAACCCAGCCUAUGCUCACACUGAGCCUACACCCCUGGUUCUCCCUGUAGGCGCCCCUCCUCCACUUACACGGGUCACAACCGAUCCCAACAUGACUUCACCAGCCCCUUCAGUUGUAGGCAUUCCUGUCGGCAGAAACCGAGCAAACAGCAUGGUUCUACAACUCAAUCUGCAACAUGCACUACCCCCAAUCACUGGUAUCAACCAUGUAACAGGUGCUCCUCGCUCCAUCUCUAUGGUGUCUCUAAAUGCCCACCAACCAGUUGCUCACUUGUACCCAAACCUUCCCUCAGAUACACAGUCCAUCUACAGUGAAGUAGGCAAUGCCUACUCAAACACAGCCUCUGGAUAUCUUGGGGCACAGCAUCUAACUGCUGCAGUUGAUGGAACACAUCCAAAUGCAGGCUUGAAAAUUAUUGAUGGUCAGCAAAUAAAUCAGAGAGCACCUAGUCAAAAUGAAACAAUUACUUCUCAUGAUGAUGAUGGUAACGACCAUGAUGUGCCCCAACCAACUGAGCCAGAGAAGAAAAAAGAAUGGUUUGUAACUACCAUCAGUCAAAAUUUCAGUGUCAUGUAUGCAGUAUUCCUAGUCAUGCUGGGUGUGGUAAUUUACUUGGCUGACACCUUCAGUGGUCAUGAUUCUGCCAUAGCUGAAGGUUUCAAUGUAUACCUUAUUGUUGCUCAACUACUUUGGCUGUUCUACGUUCACAUUGAUGUCCGACGCUAUGUAAACCUAAUUUCUAGAGCAUUAGAAGAAGCAAGAUCCAAGCAAGAAAAUAAGAAUGACCAAGUCCAACUAGAGCCAACGGGGGAUGGACAAUAUCAGCUACGCAUUAACCUACCAGAACCUAGGAAAACCAUACCUCAACAUUAUGGUUUUACAUCUGGUAGACAUGGCGGCUCUCUUUACUUGAAGAUUGGGGCUACUAUUUUCUGCUUUGGUUACCUGACUCAUACAGGCCUUGAAUUAGGCCAAAAGAUCUUGUACCUAACAGAAGAUGACCCUGCCUUCGAUGAUUGCACUUGCACAACAGAUGUUAUAAUGUCCGUUUUACAGCCUGUUUACGCCUUUUAUCAGCUCUUCUUCAUUUUCAAAUACUCUAAUUUGAUCAUCAACAGAAGAGUAGUUUUAUCUAAGUUUGGAAUAAUGCACUGCAUUGGAGCAUCACUCUGCUUCUGGGUCUACACGAUUCUACAAGAAACCCUUCAAGCAAUUUUCAAAAAGAAAGGUCACAAGGAUGAUUACAUCGACACUAGCGAACCUUAUGCACAAGCCCUCUUUGGUGCUAACGAUGAAUCUGAUGAAAUGGAAGAUGACGAUCAUCAUUAUACCGGCACAAAACUAUCCUCAGCUGGUGCCUCCGCUUGGUCGAUCAAUUAUGGCUGUGAGAAGGAUACACGACUUUCAGCAAUGAUCAAUUAUACAACACCUUACCUCUACCCCUUCAGCAUCGAAUUUAACAUCCUCAUGGUUGGGUUUUGGAUUCUCUUGUGGGAAAACCUCAGCAAGGUUGAACGCCAUACUCAUAUUCCAUCUGUUGAAGUCACUUAUGAAGAAGACAACAGCAAAACUUUGGCAUCUAACCUCAUCAUCUACGUUGACUGCCACGCAUCAAACCGGGGUCUUUUUGCUGGGUUACUGCUGACUGUAGCUACUGUUAUUUCUAUCAUUCUGUUCUUCAUCUUCUCAUCUUCAGAGGACACAUUAGGAGUCGGAAUGUAUGUGAAUGGCAUCAGCGAGGUCAUACUUCUUUCAAUCAUGUUAGUUACAGCUGUCAUCGCCUUCUAUUCUAUAAGAGUGCUGGAUGUCAUCAAGCAUGCUAUUAGUUCUGUUGACGACAUUCUCUUGUACGUCUGCUUGCCCUGCAUCUUCCUCUAUGCUUUCUUAAGCAUGGUACCUUACUACAAGAGUGGCAAGGGACUUUUUGUUACUGUGGCCAUCCUACAGGUGUCUCAGGUCAUCCUCCAAACGUCUAUGAUAUGCGACGGGUUGAGACGAUGCUCAAACUCAUCAAAUCUGCAGCAUGUGAAGCCUGGCAGAGAAUUCCUUACCUUCCUGGUGGUUACCAAUGUUGCCAUGUGGCUAUUGCAGACAUUUGAGGUCAAGAGUGAAGAAGGCAACUCCGUCAUGUAUGAAUUCUAUGGCAAGGAGCUGUGGACCUUACUUUCACACUUGACAUUGCCCCUAGCCCUCUUCUAUCGCUUCCACUCGUCUGUGUGUCUUGCUGACAUGUGGAAGGCCUCAUACGAAGCUGAGGAGUCCCAUUAAUUUAACGGGAAGACCAGCAAAUCACCAACGGCCUUAUCAUCCUCUCCUGUAGAUGGUCUUUUAACGGAGCGAUCGAAUGAAGGCACUGUUGCCUAAAACUUCGUGGUCUUCGUGGUUCCCUGUUUGCGCUAUAAUAGCGCCUGUAUAUAGAAACGAAUAUUCACCCAACCCCUAUCCCUCUUCACCACUACUCUAAUAAUUCGACCCAAUCCUUAAACCAAACGUAGUGUGAUACAUGAACAAUGCUUUGAAAUAGACUAGGAUGAAAAAAGAUAAAACUUAAAAAAAAAUAAUAAUUAAAUAAGACGAAUCACAGGAGAUGAAAAAUUUUUUUGACGAGAAAGAAGGAUGAUAGAUUGAAGAUAGUGACCCACUUCUCCUAAGAAAUCCCAGUUAUAGUUUACCAUGAGAGAACGUGCAUAUUUCUUUCUCUAGUUUUUUUUUUUCUAUUUUGGGUAUGUAGGGUGUUUAGGGGGGGUUUGGUCAUCGAUCACCCUCAUUGUACAUAGUUCGGUGCGAGGGGGUAGUUCCACAAAUAAACACACCUCUUCUUUAUUCGAAGGGGAGUGGAAAAGCGGCACACCCCUCCUCCCCUCUCCUUCAUUGCUCAUCCCUUCUUUUAAUUUAUAUGAUGCCAUAAACAAGUUAUGUAAACAACUGUGUAGAUUAAAGCGACCCUGUGUGAUACGCUGGUCAGGCUGCGUGAUCGCUCCGCCACAAUCCCUAGGACAAGCUACAGAAAAACGCAGAUGCUAAAAACACUGGCGGAGAGGAGCGUGGCUCUCUCUCUUUUAUUGUGAUAUGUAAAGUAAGAGCGUGUAGAGGACACCGAGUGACAGGUUUACCCAGCAUCUUCCAUCGUUGGAAGGAAAUGGACGAACCUCAAGAGUAUUUUAAUGAAGAUGAACAUGGAAUGAUGAAGGCCCUAUUAGGCCCUAUAGAUGGGCAUUACCUCUGCUGUGGUACAUUGAAACAAGUGUGUACAUUUUGUACUUAGUAUAUACAUAUUAUAAAUCUAUAUAUAUUUGUAAUUAAAUUAUAAGUGCAACAGAAUCCAACAAGAGCGUGUUGUACUGAAGCCAAAUAAAAUAAUAUUGAGAUAAGUCA